GGGCGGGAGGAGAGGCCGCUGAGGCCGAGUCUCAGAACGGGGCGUCGGAUGGAGGACAGAUCGAAGCCAGUAAAGCAGAGGAGGACGCCGGCUAGCCGCUGUGUUCGGGGAUCAGGUCGUCGAGGCCCCUGCCUUCGACUGCCGCCCAAUCCACACUACACCAGCCCCCUACGGCUAUCUCUGUGGAUGGUGAACCCACAGGAGGUCGGGCCCCCGUCACCGCUUCGGGCUGGGCCCCAUGGGCAAAGAGAAAUCAGCUGAGGUGGCUCGGGCAUCUCUUUCGGGUGCCUCCUGGACACACCCCUGGGGAGGUGUUCCAGGCAUGUCCCCCGGGGAAGACCCAGGACACGCUGGAGGGACUAUGUCUCUCGGCUGUCCUGGGAACGCCUCUGUGUUCUUCCCGAGGAGCUGGCCGAGGUGUCUGGGGAAAGGGAAGUUUGGGCUUCCAUGCUCAGACUGCUGCCUCUCCGACCCGGCCCCGGAUAAAGCGGAAGAAGACGAGACGAGACGAAUUAACAAAUUUUGCAUAAAUUAACAGCAAAAUGUUUGUUGGUGGUCUUAGCUGGGACACGAGCAAAAAGGAUCUUAAGGAUUACUUCUCAAAAUUCGGUGAGGUGAUGGACUGUACCAUCAAAAUGGACUCCAACACGGGCCGGUCACGUGGUUUCGGGUUCAUCCUGUUCAAGGAGGCAGCAAGUGUGGAAAAGGUGUUGCAGCAAAAGGAACACCGAUUAGAUGGAAGACAGAUCGAUCCCAAGAAAGCGAUGGCGAUGAAGAAAGACCCUGUUAAGAAAAUAUUUGUUGGUGGCCUCAACCCUGAGACUACAGAAGAAAAGAUUCGGGAAUACUUUGGGGCCUUCGGCGAGAUUGAAUCCAUCGAACUUCCCACGGAUCCAAAAACAAGCAAGAGGAGGGGUUUCGUCUUUAUUACUUAUAAAGAGGAGUCGCCAGUCAAGAAAGUCCUAGAAAAGAAAUACCAUACUGUUAACGGAAGCAAGUGCGAAAUUAAAGUUGCCCAGCCUAAGGAGGUCUACCAGCAACAGCAGUAUGGUGGCCGUGGUGGUGGGUACGGAGGUCGUGGCAGGGGUCGUGGUGGCCAACACCAGAAUUGGAACCAGGGAUACAACAACUACUGGAACCAGGGCUAUGGCAAUCAGGGAUAUGGCUAUGGUGGACAGCAAGGCUAUGGCAGCUAUGGGGGUUAUGGCAAUUAUGACUACUCUUCUGGCUACUAUGGCUAUGGUGGUGGAUAUGACUACAACCAGGGCAAUACAAGCUAUGGGAAAACUCCAAGACGUGGAGGCCACCAGAGUAGCUACAAGCCAUACUGAUCACGUGUAGUGCAGGCCAUAAGUAUUUUCAAUCCAAGAACCCAUAACAGCAGCAAGAGGUCAUACAAGAAUGGGACUCUCCUCCUUUUUUGUUUAGGUUUUUUUUUUCUUUUUUUUUUUUUGGGUAUGAUGGGACUCGUUCUCCAUUUGUACAGGACAACAGAUGAAUGGGGACACUGUCACGUUCCACACUCUUAUUUUAUUUUCUUUGUCCACAUUUCCAGUUGUGGAAGUGUAAUUUUUACUGUACUUUUUGGUACCUUUUUUGAAGCUAAUGUAUUGUAUGGUUGUAUUUUACAUGUCAACUGAAUUUACAGCAUAUGAGGAUCAUGAGCUGCCAGAGCUUUUGAAAUAAAAUGUUUGAGUAAUUUUUUUU